AUGCGGGGAGCGUGGCUGUUUAGUGUUGUACUGGUGCUGCUGCUGGCAGUUGUCCAUGCAUCGAAUGUGCUGGAUCUGACUGAGACCAAAGACUUCGACAGCGUCGUCGGCAAGUCGACCGGCGUGCUGGUGGAGUUCUUCGCACCGUGGUGCGGUCACUGCAAGCGCCUCGCGCCAGAGUACGAGAAGCUCGCGGAUGCCUUUGCAGGCAAGAAGGACAAGGUGAUUAUUGCCAAGGUAGAUGGUGACAAGAACCGCGACCUGGCGAACCGUAUCAACCUGCAAGGCUUCCCGACGAUCAAGUACUUCCCCCCGUACUCGGAGAUUGGCAUUGACUACGAAAACGAACGCACGGCCGAGGCACUUGCAGCCUUUGUGACUGAGAAAAGCAGAAUUCAGGGCAACAUUGAGCCGCCUUCAGAGCCGCAAGUCGUCGAGCUGACUGCCGAGACAUUCGACGAGGUCGUCAUGGAUCCGAAGCUGGACGUGCUCGUCGAGUUCUACGCGCCGUGGUGCGGCUUCUGCAAGCGCCUCGCGCCGCUCUAUGAGCAGGUUGCGCAGGUGUUUGAGCGUGAUCCUGAGUGUGUCGUGGCGCGCAUCGACGUCAACGACCCGGCGAACGAGAGCAUCAAGAAGCGCUUCCAGGUGUCGUCGUACCCGACACUCAGCUUUUUCCCUGCCGGGUCGGACGACAAGUGGCCGCGCCCCUACCUCAAGGAGCGUACGCUCGAGGACUUUGUCGCGUUCAUGAACGAAAAGUGCGGCACGUUCCGCAACUCGGACGGCACGCUCACCGCCCUGGCGGGCCGUCUGCCCGCCUUGGACGGUCUUGCCUCGCGCUUCUACAAAGCUGGCGACUCGGCCCGGGCCCUGCUCCUCGACGAGACGAAGAAGUACGUGGAGGAUAUGCGUGCCAACGUUGUGGCUCCUGCGAAGCUUGCGGCCGCCAACUACUACACUCGCGUCAUGGACCGUGCCUCGCGCGACGGCCCGGACUAUGUGCAGCGCGAGAGUAAGCGCCUCGCCAAGCUGCUCAGGAAGCAUGCCGAUGGUGUCUCGACACUGGCGGCUGAGAAGGUCGACGAGAUCACGCGCAAGAGCAACGUGCUUGCGGCCUUCGUCAACGAGAAGAUCGGCCAGGCAGCCGAACGCGCCUCUAGCUCGGUCUUCGCGUCCCAGACGCCAUCGGCCGAAUCGGCCGCCCACGACGAGCUAUAG